AUGCCUAGCGCACCGCAGCAAGCUACCCAGAAUCUGCUGGCCAGAGCGCAUUCUCCUGAUAGCGUGAAUCGCAUUUAUUCGGAAAAGAUUCAGCAUCGUUCACUCAUCCUUCGACCGACAUCUCCUCCGCCAUCCACCGUCAAUGCUCGCGCAGCUCGCCGAAAAAGUCGACAAGAUAAGAAAGAAAAGCAGAAGCAGAAACCUAAGCCACUGUCGUCGCGGGAAAGGAGAAACUUGGGUCUCCACGACAUACCUAAAGAUGGCCAGAAAUACCAUAUCUAUGAGCCUUUGAGCCAGCUGUGGCUAGGAUACGCUCGGGAGUUACUUGGAAACGAUAUUCACACGGGAGGACCCAGCGCAGCGGUGAAGCUUGCAAGCGCUGAGUUUCACGGCGCUCCUAUCCAGGUUGUCCGAAGUCACUGUCCUAGUCGAGUUGGCAUUCAAGGCGUGGUUGUCCGCGAUCGCAAGUUUGUUUUUGAAAUCAUCACCAAAAAGAGAGGAGUCAAAAUUGUUCCCAAGGAGGGCACCAUCUUCAGAGUUGAGAUCCCGACGAACGAAGAAACUAUAAAGCCCGAGCAAAGCUCCGACGAUAAAAGAUUUGCCUGCGAAGUGCUCGGUGAUCAAAUCAUGCUUAGGGCACCAGAUCGCGCGAACAAGAAGUUCAAAGGACAUUUCCUGCCGAACAUUUAA